AUGGAUUCACUCUUAGAGGAUGCCCGUAUUGCUUUAAGAAUUAUAUUAGAACAAGCUCCACAACUUCUUGUCAAUGGUGUUGACUCACCUGAAAGUAUUAUUUGUUGUAUCUGCCUUAAUGAAGUUACUUUAAUGCAAACACAGCGUUGCCCCAAGUGUCGUAAUCCUAUAGAAAUUAGUGUUUCUGAAGAUACGGUCAAUGCGACUGAGUCAAGCAUAGCCGUAGAAGAAAUCGAGUAUUCGAAUGAAGACAUGUGGAUAGAUUAUGAUGCCCUUACCAAUUUUCAGACUGACUUCAAUCCUGAUCUCACACUAGAAAUACCUCUCAAUUCUCCAAAUAUUAAUAUAGAAUUAUCAUCAAAUAUCGCUAGUUCUUCUAAUACCUCCCAUAUUCCAAACACAACAGAUUCUUCCAUCACUUCUUUUAACUCAAAUGCAUCAAGACGCAGAAAUCCGACUCGCUCUGCAAGACCUACCAAUUUAAGUGAAACGUCAGUAUCUUCACCCGGUCUUUUAUCUGGAGAGAGUGUAUCAGCCCCAUCUAGACGAAAUAGACGUAUAGAACGUUUAGAACGCGAUAUUCCACUUAUUAUUCGGGAGUUAAAUACUGUCCCAAAUGAAAGUUUUAUAGCUACCGAUUUACAAAGUCAGCGGGGUGAUAGUUCUUCUGGUGGGAUUUUGGAACAAAUUUACAACUUAUAUCGUGAAUCUGAUGAUGCGGAAACUAAUGCGAGAGAUGCUAAUCAUCUAGCAAUAUCAUCUAAUUUCCGAUUUGGAACAGUACUUGAAAAUCGAUAUGCAAUGUUACUACCUGCAUCUGGUAAUGAUCACAAUGCUCGAGAGGCUCUUAAUAAUGAAGUAGAAGGUCUUUUUCCUGAUAUCAACCAGUCUAUCAUGGGAAUGCAAAGUAUUCAAGUCUUGUUCAAUACUUCUGAAGUGAUUUAUGUUUUAAUCUUCAUUGGAUCUAUUUUCACUACUAUCUGGCACAUCUUACGUGUUAGUAGACAACAACUCACUAAUAUUGAUCCAGUACAAGCCAGCAGGAUUACUAUGGCGGUUCAAACACAUUUGGAACUAAUUUUUAACAAGAAGUUUGGCGAUAUCAAUUCUACUUUAGAAAACAUAGAAGUGAGUACGGAUGCCCUUCUUAAUCGACUCUAUAGUAAGGAAACGAGUUUGGAUGAUGAAAUUAAAACAUAUCUGACCAAAAAGUUCAAUGAAGUUAACGCCGAGAACCAUGAAAACAUGUUGGCAUUAUACGAUAAGCUUCUUAAUAUCGAAGGGCGUGUUUGGUCAGCGAACGACGAGCAAUAUGAUAAUUUUAUGACAAAUACAGCUCGCUUCAGUGAACAGCUUAAUAGAUAUACUCGAUCAAAUGAUGAGAUCCUUACCAUCCGUGAAAAACUUGACCACCUUGAAGGAUAUUUAAGAAUUCUGGCCCCGCAUAUUCUAAAUAUCACUCCUGUAUCCAGCUCUAAUGAUUCAUCAUCUUUUACAGAACGCACCGGAUACCGUGAUGGGUGUAUUGGCGUGGGCGCUGCCUGUCAGAUUGUGAAUACGGUCGUAGCCGCCGGUUUACGAUGA